UAUUAUUAUUAUUAUUCAUAUUCUCUUCUUCUCUCUUUCACUUCAACUCCUCAUUAAUAUCAAUCUCUCUUACUAUACUCUCAUUACAACAAAAAUCCCCUCUUCUCUUUUCUUCUCUUUCUCUCCGAUGAGGAAGCUUUGCCCAAAUUUCGACCGCGAAUACGGUCUCGACACCGUCCUCGAGGUUCCCAUUCCCGAGGAGAUGUUUUCUUCCACCACCACCAAAACCCACACCAUCUCAUGGCAGGCCAUGAAAUCUUGGGUAAAAUCAAAUCAUCAUCAUGACAAAUCAUCACAUGUUGGUUCGAUCUCCUCGUUGUUCGGAGGUCGCAACGCCGAGAUCCAGCUAUUACUCGGCGUUGUGGGAGCUCCUUUAAUUCCACUCCCCAUCACAUUUGAUCAACAACCCAUCACUCGCAACAUCAAAGACAACCCAAUUGAAGCGUCAAUGGCCAAGUAUAUAGUGCAACAAUAUAUAGCGGCAGUGGGAGGAGAACAUGCGUUGAAUUCAAUUGAUAGUAUGUAUGCGAUGGGGAAAGUGAAGAUGGCGGCGUCGGAGUUUUGUUCCGGCGAAGGGUGUUUGAAUGGGAAAGCGGUGAAGGGUGGGAAGAAUAACGGGAAAGGCGGUGGCGGUGGCGGCGGAGAGAUGGGUGGCUUUGUGGUUUGGCAGAAACGGCCGGAGUUAUGGUGCUUGGAAUUGAUGCUGUCGGGAUGUAAAAUUAGCGCCGGCAGCGAUGGGAAAGUGGCUUGGAGACAAACUCCAUGGCAUCAUUCACAUGCUUCUCGUGGCCCUCCUCGCCCCUUACGAAGAUUCUUGCAGGGACUAGAUCCAAAAUCGACGGCGACUCUGUUCUCAAACUCAACCUGCAUCGGCGAGAAAACGAUCAACGACGAAGAUUGCUUCAUUCUAAAACUGGAAGCCGAAUCUUCAGUCUUAAGAGCAAGAAGCAGUAGCAGCGUCGAAAUAAUCCGCCACACAGUUUGGGGAUAUUUCAGCCAAAGAACCGGUCUCCUCGUCCAGCUUGAAGAUUCACAUCUUCUCCGAAUCAAACCCGCCGGAUCUCGAAACGACAAUAUCUUCUGGGAAACGACAAUGGAAACUCUAAUUCAAGAUUACAGAACGAUCGACGGCGUCAACAUUGCACACGCCGGUAAAACAACGGUUUCGCUUUUCCGGUUUGGGGAAACGGCGGAGGGGCAUUCAAAAACGAAGAUGGAAGAGAAUUGGGAGAUUGAAGAAGUUGAUUUCAAUAUAAAGGGUUUGUCGAUGGAUUUCUUUUUGCCUCCGAGUGAUUUGAAGAAGGAGGAAGAAGGAGUUGGUAUGAUUACGAGUAACGGGAAGUUUCCGGUGACGAUGCGGUGUUCGGCGGGGUCGAGGAUGUUUUCGUCGAGAGUGGUGGCGAUUGAUCAGAGUGAUGAAGAUGAAUCGGAGGAGAGUAAUCAGAGUGAUGAAGAUGAAGAUUUCUGAAGAAUUGUAUUAAAGAAAUAUUAAACUCAAAUUUUUGGAAAUUUGUACAUAAACCAUGGUUAAUAUAUAUAAAUAUGGGACAUGGACUUUUUACUAA